AUGGUUACUAUUGGUACCGAAGCUAAAUUCAAAUCUUGGACACCUUCUCAAUCUGGCAAAACUCAAGAUAAUAUCAUCUCAUCUGAUCAUUCUACGAAAAAGGCUUUUAUACCAUCCUAUGAAAAAGAAAGACGACCAUGCAUCGAGUUACUAUUAUCGAACGAGUAUCAAAGAAUUUGGUGGCGAGAAAAGAAAAGUUGGGAAAAAGCAGUCGUUCCAACAACAACCAAGAAAAAAUUAUUAUUAAGAAUGAUAAUUAAAAAGAAACCAAAGAAGGAUAGUUGUCCGCUGAACUUACCAAAUGGUAGAAAUCAGUAUCAGAAUAUUUUUCUUGUAUUCUAUAUAUCUGAACUUAAUCCGCUGUCGAGAUCCCCAACUACUGAACGAUAUAAGGUUUCAGUAAGCCUCAGCGUGCUUUUACUAUAA